AUGGCGUCGUCGAGCGAUUCGUUUGGUUUGAGUGAUGAUGUUUCACAAAAGACGCUCGAGACGACGUUGUUGCGACGCAUCGACGGCGACGACGGCGACGGGAAGGUUCUGGAGACGUUGAGAGAACUCACGUCUACGUUUGACGCGUCUUCGCUCGCGAUCGAGCGCAUCGCGGAGAUGAGCGAAGGGACGUGGACGCUGAAGUUUUCGACGAAGAGCGCGUUCGACGCGACGGCGCCGCUGGGAAGACGCGCGGACGGGACCGCGCCCGGGAUCGAGGCGGUAUUCGCGGGAUUAUUCCCGGCGAGUGAUUCGGUGGGCGAACGGGGAGACGGGGCGAGCUCGAGUCCGAUUCAGAGAUUGGUGCUCGACCGACUGCGCGAAGGCGGUUUCGCGGUUCGACAGGCGGUUCGCCUGGACGGGGCGCGGGGAAGGGUGGACCAGGCGGUGUGCUUCGGCGGUGAUUUCGGUUGGUUUCGUCUGAGCGCCAGGGCGUCGGUGAACGACGGUAAGGCGUCACCCAGCGCGCGCGGGAGGAUCGAUUACGGGUUCGAUUUAGCGUACGUCGAUUUGAAGAAGCCAUUCGAGGCGCGUUUGCCGUACCCGGUGCCUUUCAGGCUUCUCGGGAAAGAAGCAGAGGGAUAUUUAACGUGUGAUUACGUCAGCGACGACGUUCGUGUGUGCACUGGGAACAAAGGCACGACGUUCGUGUUCGUCAAGGAGGCGCGAGACGCGCUGCCGUACGCAAAGGAAUUCUACGGGUAA